AUGCAGAUCCCCGUCGUCGCUGCUCUCUUGUGCGCCAACCUGGCCCUCGCUGCGCCAGGUACCGCUAUGCGCCGUCAGAGACAUGCUGAGAAAAUUGCUGAGAGGAGAGUCGCUCGUACCGGAAACACCCUCCAGCCUGCUGAGGGCGACUUCAACAUUGCCAGCACGAACGGCAGUGCUCACGUCGAGUACAGCUCUAACUGGGCUGGUGCUGUCCUUAUUGGCACUGGCUACAAGACCGUCACCGGUAGCAUCGUCGUUCCCACUCCCAAGGUCCCAUCGGGUGGCAGCAGCUCUACAGAGUAUUCCGCUUCCGCUUGGGUUGGUAUCGACGGUGACACUUGUGAGACUGCUAUCCUGCAGACUGGUGUCGACUUUACCAUCCAGGGAUCAAGUGUAUCUUUUGAUGCCUGGUAUGAGUGGUACCCCGACUACGCCUACGACUUUUCUGGCAUCGAUAUCUCAGCUGGAGACACCGUCACCUUCACUGUUACUGCCAGUAGCACUGCGGCCGGCACGGCUGUGAUUGAGAACGAAACUACUGGACAGAAGGUCACUCACAGUUUCUCCGGGGAAUCUGACAAGCUAUGCCAGACUAACGCCGAGUGGAUCGUAGAGGACUACUCCAGCGGUGGUAGCCUGGUUAGCUUCGCUGACUUCGGAACCGUGCAAUUUACCGGCGCUUCCGUUAACGGCGGUACUGGUGUUAGCGGCGCUACCAUCAUCGACAUUCAACAGAGCAGCAAGGUCUUGACGGACUGCUCGACCUCUGGAUCUAGCACUGUUGUCUGCUCGUACACUGGUUAA